GCGCGGCUGCAGCUGCUGCGGCAGCACGAGGAGAAGGCGGCGAUCCGUGAGAAGAUGCGGCUGGCGAUGGCGCAGCGGGCGGUGCCGGCGCCGGAGCCCGAUCCCGAGCCGGCGCCGGCAGAGGACGCCGUCGCCGAUGCCGCCGCCUCCAGCGCCGCCGCCGACCUGCUGCCGGUGUGGGUCUAUGUGAAAGAGCACCUCGCCCGUCGGCGAGAGCAGCUGUGGCACGCCCUCUGCACCGAGUACGCGGCGCGCGCCGGCGCAAAGGUCGACGAGAUCGAUCGCGCCGUGCGGGAGGCCCUCCUCCAGCGCUUUGGGCCGCUCGAGACGGCUCUGGCCGCUGCCGCCGAAGGCCAUGAAGGGGAGGCGCCGGAAGAGGCGGCGGCGGUGCUCCGCGCCGCCCUCGCGGCGGCCGGCGGCGAGGCGUGGCCCGCCGAGCUAGCCGCGCUGGUGCUGCAGGGCCUCGGCCUUGACUUCGCACCCGCAGCGGCCGCCAAGCCAGCGGCCGCCAAGCCAGCGGCCGCCAAGAGGGGCGGAUCCGCCGGCAAGGCGGCGGCGGAGAAGGCGGAGGAGAGGGCGGAGGAGACGGCGGCGCCUGCGGACGGCCCGUCGGCCUACCGCACGGCCGCCGAGCUGGCGGGCGAGUUUCGCGCAAAGCUGGAGGGCGCCGCGGCCGCGCAGCUGGAGGAGCUCUGCGCGCCGGUAGCCGACUCUUCCCUCGCCCACGACAUCGGCGCGGCGGCGCCGCUCGCGCGAGUCUCGACGGUGCCCGACGCUCCGUUUGUCCGCUCGCUGCUCGGCGGGCUCGAGUGCGCCAUCUGCUCGGCGCUGCCCGAGGAGCCCUGCACCACGCAGUGCGGGCACUCCUUCUGCCUCGGCUGCUUCCACGACGUGUGCGCGCAGGGGACGCGUCGCUGCCCUAUGUGCCGCGAGGCGGUGGGCGCCAUCUCGCGCUACGUCGCGCCCAACCGCGUGCAGGCCGAGCUCGUCCGCCAGCUCACCGCCGCGGCCGAGCAGCCGAGCGCUCCGCUGCAGCUGGGCGAGCUGCGUGAGACGCUGCGCUGUCCGGCGUGCAAGCUGGUCAUGGGGGGCGCCGUCUCGGCACCCACCGGGGACUCCUUUUGCGGCGGCUGCUUCACGCACCUCGCCCGUGGCGACGGCGCCGCGCUCGCGCCGUACGUGCCCGACGAGCGCGCGCGCCGCGCCCUCGUCGGCAUCCGCUCGAAGCUGCGCGUCAACGUGGCGCUGCAGUCGGCGAUCGAGGCGCUUUUCCCGGCCGAGACACGCAUCGCCCCCGCCGUGCGGCAGCGCGCGCUGCGCGGCGAGCCGCUGGAUGGACGGCCGGCGCUGCGGUUGGCGAGGCCGGCGCGCGGGGGCGGCGAGGAGCUGACGGCAGAGGAGCGCGAGGCGCGCCGCAAGGAGCGCGAGGCCGAGCGGGUGCAGGCGUUGCUCGCGGCGGGCAAGGACGUGUACGCCGGCGAGCGAGACAACGCCGGCACGCCCGCCACCUCGCGCUUCCGCAUGCCCGACAUCUCGCACCUCUGCGACGGGAAGGGGCGGCCGCUCAAGCACAACCGGUCGUGCCACGUGUGCACCCAGGGCAACGCCUCGUGGCGCGGCGGCUUCUUCCAGCCUCUCGGCUGCUCGAAGUGCGAGAAGAUCUACUGCCCGCGCUGCAUCGGCAACAUCCAGGGCAAGCCAUACGCCGAGCACAAGGAGGAGAUCGACCAGUUCAUUGAGGAGCACAAGCUGUCGUACGAGUGCGUCUGCUGCGAGAACAAGUGCGCGUGCCAGGCCAAGGAGUUCGAGCCGCUCGAGGUGAUCUCCUCGUCGGCGGACAAGUGCGCCGUGCUGCGCGUCUCGGCCAAGCACCCCUUCAAGCCGGGCGACAAGGUGCGCGUCACCGGCCACCACGGCAGCUGCCGCGACGACGAGCUCAAGAAGGGCGAAUGGGCCGUCAAGCAGUCUCUCUCGCCAACCUCCUUCUCGAUCGAGCUCGACUUGCGCAAGGGCGGCGGCAAGGGCGGCAAGGUGGAGAUGGUCAAACUGCAAAAGCACAAGCGGUGGGGCUGGGCCGGCGCGACCGGCUUCGGCAUCCAGAAGGAUGCUCCGGCGGGCAAAAAGUAUUGCCCUCCAGCCAAGCGGCCAAGCGGGGCGAAGGAUGCGCCGCCUAGCAAGAGGCAGGCGGCGGCGGGCAAGAGCAAGGUCGAGGCGAAGCCUGCCAAGGCGCACCUCACCAAGCAGUGGCCGCAGUCGAGCCCCGCCAGGGGGCGCGCACGAGCGGGCGCAUAGGCCGGCUGCGCGGGGGCGCCGACUGAUCCUGCAGAGGCGAUAGGCCGGUUGGUGAUGAUGAGGCUGGGCCUGGCGUGCUCUGAGCUCGCUGAGCAGUAGUCAGCGCGUGCACCAGCUCACGUAGCCGUACUCCUUUCUUCCAGUUCCCGCUG